AAACAGCAGAGUUCUUUUAUACACCCUUGCCCCAUUGUCUUUCCCAGUUACCAUUUAAUUGCAUACCCUGAAUCUCUUGCAACCCCUUUAUAUGAUCCAUUAGCUAGUAGCUUUGGGACAGAUGUCAGAACAAACUCUUCUUAUCCUUACUUUGACAGCAAAUUCCUGUACGAAAAAAAUGACCAAGAUCUUUGUGCUGCUGCUAUGUCUACACUUAGCAGCUUCUGGGUUUGUCAAUGGUUCUGUUAAGAAGGAAAAUAUUGGCAUAUUUGAGCUCAAGAAAGGUGACCUUUCUUUGAAGGUCACCAACUGGGGUGCAUCAAUUUUGUCCUUAGUCCUUCCUGAUAAGAAUGGAAAGUUGGGUGAUGUUGUUCUUGGAUAUAAUACAAUUAAGGAUUACACUAAUGAUACAACAUACUUUGGAGCUACUGUUGGCCGGGUUGCUAACAGAAUUGGAGGAGCUCAGUUUAGUCUAAAUGGAAUCCAUUACAAAUUAGUUGCUAAUGAAGGAAACAAUACACUUCAUGGUGGAUCCAGAGGAUUUAGUGAUGUUCUUUGGAAAGUAGAAAGGUAUCAAAGAGAAGGUCACAAUCCCAGUAUUACCUUCACUUACCAUAGUUUUGAUGGAGAAGAAGGAUUCCCUGGUGAUCUUCUAGUAACUGUGAGUUACAUUCUAACUAGGAAAAAUCAGUUGGUUAUAAUUAUGAAAGCAAAAGCUCUAAACAAGGCUACUCCAGUGAAUCUGGCCAACCAUGCUUACUGGAACCUAGGAGGCCAAAACAGUGGAAAUAUUCUGAAUGAGGUGGUUCAAAUCUUUGGUUCCCAAAUCACAGUUGUUGACAGCAAACUCAUUCCCACAGGAAAAUUUGCUUCUGUGAAAGGAACUGCUUAUGAUUUCCUUAAGCCAUAUACUAUUGGAAGCAGGAUCAACCAGCUGGCUGAAACUAAAGGUUAUGACAUCAAUUAUGUGCUGGAUGGUGAGAAAGGCAAAAGGAUCAAGCUAGCAGCAAUAGUGCAGGAUAAGAAAUCUGGAAGAGUGUUGGAGCUUUACACUAAUGCUCCUGGUUUGCAGUUUUAUACUGGGAACUAUAUAAAAGAUGUGAAGGGAAGAGGUGGGUAUGUAUAUCAAGCUCAUGCAGGACUAUGUUUAGAGAGUCAAGCCUUCCCUGAUUCAGUAAAUCACCCUAAUUUUCCUUCAACAAUUGUGACCCCAGAAAAGCCUUACAAGCAUUAUAUGCUUUUUAAGUUUUCCACCAAAGCUCCCUAUGAAUUUAGAGAGACCUAAGAACAGUUACCUUUCCCACAUUUCUAGUAUACCACGUCCACGGUCAAUCGUUGUAACAUAACUCUCGAUUUCAUCCAAACUCGGGUUCAUUAAAAUGAAUAAUGAGAGACCCUUCAUUAGUCUCAUAGUUAGUAGAGCUUCAGAACCGUUUCCCUAAACAUAACUUGCU